AUGGUAGACUUGACACCCGUUGUCAGCAAUCGUGUCGCAAUCCGACAGGAGAUUGAGAACAAGACUGCUCCAAAACGAAACAGAUUCCUUCUUGAAAAGAAGGACUGUUGGUUGCCACUACUUCCCCCGGACAACUACAUCCGUAAGCUGGUCGAGCAACAUGAGCAGCUAUCUGCGGCUGAGAUCGCAGCUCUCCCUCCUGUCAUACCUUACGAAGAGAUUGAGAAACAGCCUCAAGGUAUCACGGCAGUCAUGAAGCCAUACCAGCUCUCGGGUCUCAGUUUCAUGGUCUACCUUCAUCGAAAUGGUUUGAGUGGAAUCUUGGGCGACGAGAUGGGCCUGGGCAAGACCUUGCAGACAUUAUCUCUGAUUCAAUUCUUAAAAGAAAAUGAGCCAAAGGCUGGCAAAGGGAACCUCCAACGUCCAUUUCUCGUUGUAUGCCCUCUCUCGGUCCUGAGCAGCUGGGUAGCAGAGGCUCGAAAAUGGGCGCCUGGACUGAAGGUGGUUCGCUUCCACGGUCCUGUCAAGGAAAGAACCCGCUUGAAAAAGAUUGUCGUUGGAGAGAUGGACAUGCUUGGCAACUUGACCGCUCAAGCAAAAGCUAAAUUGAAGUCUAGAGGAGUUGCCGCGGACAAGAAUGUCAUCUCUCUGGAAAGUGACUCUGAGGAUGAAGCUGUCGGCGUUGACCUAGUUGUCACAACGUACGAGUGCUACCGCGUGGAACAGGCGUGGUUUAAAAAGGCGUUUGUAUGGUUAUACGUAGUUCUUGAUGAGGGCCAUGCUGUCAAAAACCACGUGUCUCUCGUAUCAAAAGCUUUGCAAGGACUGAAAGCCGAGUAUCGUCUGAUAUUGACGGGUACACCCCUACAGAACAACCUGUCCGAGUUGUGGAGCUUGCUGCAUUGGUUAUAUCCAGAAGUGUUUAUCGACAAGACCAAGGAACUCUUCGAUAACUCCUUCAACCUGUCCAAGGGACAGUACUCGAACACUGUUCUGGAUAGCUCUCGUCAUUUGUUGGAGCUUAUCAUGUUGCGACGUAUGAAGUCUUCUCAAGGUGUCGAUCUCAACCUCCCACCUAAGACCGAGGUCCUUCUAUUCGUCCCACUGUCGCCAAUGCAGAGAUUUUGGUACACUCGCAUGAUUACCAAGGCUGAUCAAGGACUGUUGGAUGAGCUGUUCAAGGAUUUGAAGAUCAAGGAGGAGCAAGCUAUCAAGUCAUGGAACGAGGACGAGAAUCUGGAAGUCGACAUGCUCAACCAGAGGAGUGAUGCUCUCAAGAUCUUGGAGAACCCAACUCUGGUUGGCAGUGACGCUUGGAUCGAAACAAAGGCAAUUCUUGCUCAAACGAUCGAGCGAGAGAAAGCGAAAGCCGAUCAGGGUCCCAGGAAAUCCGACUGGCAGAAGCUCAUGAACCUGCUGAUGCAACUUCGGAAGGUUUGCAAUCACCCUUAUCAAAUCCCCCAUGCCGAGCCGGACCCGUAUGAAACCGGACGUCAUGUCAUUACAGCUUCGGGUAAAUUCAUUGUCCUGGAGAAAUUGGUCAACGAACUGGUUAUAAAGCAGAGGAAGAAAAUCUUGAUAUUCUCAGGGUUUACAAAGAUGCUAGACCUUGUUGAAGAAUGCUUAGCUCUCACAAGUGGUGAAGGCUGGAGUUAUCAGUGGGCUCGAAUUGACGGAGCUACUUGCAGAGCACGCAGAAAUCUUGCCAUUCGACUGUUUAAUGAAGUUGAGUCUGAUUAUCGAGUGAUGUUGAUAUCAACACGGGCAGGCGGAUUGGGGAUCAAUCUGGCCACUGCUUCCGAUGUCGUUCUCCUUGACCAAGACUGGAACCCGCAAAUCACUCUUCAGGCUGAAGCUCGCGCCCAUAGAAUUGGGCAAAAGAAUCCCGUUACUAUUUACAAAUUAGUAUCGCAGGGCACCGUCGAAGAGCAGAUGAUGGGCCGUAUCCAAAAGAAGUUGUACCUCUCUGCAAAAGUCACUGAGGCGAUGGAGGACAUCCAUACUAAGUUUGGAACUCCAAAAAAGGGAGGCAAACCUUCUGGUGGCGAUGAUAGCAUGCCCCAACCGAGCACGAGCCAGCUCAUGACGUUGGUCCGACGUGGAGCUUCUGCUAUUUCUCGACCAGAGAUUGACGUGUCCGAGAUGCUGAGCUGGGACUGGGAGACAACUGUUGCCAAAUGCAAGGACCAACCCGCUGACAUCUCCGUCAAGCGAGAUGGCGUCGUAGAUGCAAAGCUUAAUGAAGAAGAAGAAAGAAAAUGGCUCACCGAGAUGGAGCGCGUCGAGGCAUCCGUUUUUGAUGGAAAGGCGUUGACACAAAGUGCGAGGAGGAAACAAACAAACAAAGAUAUCGCACUGGAAUACUUGGACCAUUCGCAGCGUCGAAUUGGCAAGAACACCACAGUUCUCCAAGACGGUUUCGCCAUCUCCAAGGAGUCCAUGGACUGUGACGACUGGGAGGCUGUGCCAACUCUCGCUGGUAAGGAUCCUCGUCUGGCGGAUGUGAAGCGAGCCAAAAAGGUUCCUAUUGAGCCUCAAUCCCACUGUCAAGUCUGCCUUGACGGGGGAGAGUUGCAUUGUUGUACCAUCUGCCCCAGAGCCUACCAUUUCCAGUGCCUGGAGCCCGAGUUUCAGAGCAAAGUCAAAGGCUUGCAAUUCAGCUGCCCGCAACACGAAUGCCACGACUGCUCGCAGAAGACCACGGAUGCGGGUGGGAUGCUAUAUCGUUGCAGAUGGUGCGAGAGGGCAUACUGUGAGGAUUGUCUAGACUGGGAGAAGACCGGACUGGUCGGAGACAACCUUUUAGAGUACGAGCUGCUCGGCUAUAAAAAGAUGGUCCAGGCAUACUACAUCCAGUGCCAUGCUUGCACCGAUCACCUCGAUGAGAAUCCGAAAGACAGAAAGCUCUGCGAGGACUUGGCCGAGGAGAUCAGACGCAAUCAUGAGAAGCGCUUCUUUGGGGACCCGAUGGAGUCGGAACCGAGCACGCGUGAAGAAAGCUUGACGGACGCAACUACUACUACCAUCGAGUCGCCCGGUACAAAUAUGCAAACACCGAUAACCAUCGACGAUGACGACGACGACGACGAUACGAUCAAAGUGCUCCCUACCAAGAAGCGGAAGCUGGUACUGACCCAUAAUAAACAAGGCUCUGCGAAGAAAGAGAGAUUAGGUUUUUAA